GUCUCGCCUCAGCAUCGAACGAGGUUGUACGUAUUUACGGUGCGCACGUAACCCGACUGAAUAUUACGGAAGUAAAGUACCAGUAAUACCCGACAGUCGUCGCGCUUAACGUUACAUAAACGCGUACAACGGAAACCAGAUUGCGUGACUUUGAGAACCAACAGGCAUCAUCCCAGGUAUAGUGCACGACACUUAUUCGCUGAUUAUCGAGAAAGAAAAUCAUCGAAAUCGAUAAAAACUCGUCAACGAAGUGCAUAUACACCAACAAUAACAAUAACAAUAACAAAAAAACGGAAGAGAUCUUGUUAGCCCGUUCUCUAUAUUCCCCUCGCGUUAUCAUUCGAACGGACGAUUAGCACGCGAUACGCGCGCCUUCUUUCUUUCUCUCCGUGCGUUCGUGAAAUCGUUACUCGACCACGAUAACCCUUGCGUCUUUCGUACCGUUCCAAUUAACGUUUCAGUGAUAAACACGUGUCGAGUAGUGUACGAAAGGAGGAAAACCGAAAGGGGACAAGCAUCUUUCGUGGUCGUUCCAGACGAUGCUGCAAUAUCGUUCGAUAAACGAAGAAUUUUGAUCAGAGCGAACAUCCUCGCGUAAAGUUCGUAUUCGCGGAGGGUACAUGCAAGGUAGGAGUGCGUUACCGCGAACGUCGCAUCGUCGUUUCCCCUACUAUGCACACUGAGAGGUACCCGACUACUAUGAGAGAAUGAGCUGCUCGGUGAAGAUCUCGUGUGGCAAGAGUUGGAGCGGAUCGCAGCGAAGGAUCAACUCACUGGCGGAGGAAACAAGCUGCCCUACGGCUUCAAGUGCGAGUUGUGCCGGGCUAGCGGCCCAAUCGGCUGCCGUAGCGUCGACGUCCACGUCGACCACGGCCACCACGACUACACCGACAACCACCACCACCAACACCGUCACCAGCACGGUGACCAGCGGUAGCCAGAGGAUCGGACAGUUGCGUCCUGUCAAGUCGAUCACCGCUAAAAAAGGGGAGGAUAUCACGAAACUGCUCAAGUACAUCGACGAUAACGUCAUCGGCAAGAACGGCACGUUCUUCGGACCAUUUGGCCGCAGGAAAGUGGUCUACUGCGAUUAUACUGCGUCCGGAAGGUCGCUGCAGUUCCUCGAGGAGUACAUCGCUAAAGAAGUGCUGCCAUAUUUGGGCGACACCCGAGCGUCUACGUCCAUCUGCAGCCUCCAGUCUUCUCUGUUCAGACACGAAGCCAGAGACAUCGUGAGACACGCAGUGGGAGCCGGCGAGCAGGAUGCGGUGUUAUUCACGGGUCAAGGCACCGCUGCUGCCCUUCGCACACUUCUGCGACACCUGGAUCUCUCGAAAUCCACCGUGGUCUUCGUGGGUCCGUUCGAGCAUCACGCAAAUCUCCGACCUUGGCGGGAGUAUGGUGUCAGGAUAGUGCGUGUGUCUGAAACUCGAGAGGGUUUCUUGGACCUGAACGAUCUCGAACGUAAGCUGAUCAAAGUGCGAGCCGAGGGUGUUACGCAAAUGAUUGGAUGCUUCAGCGCUGCCAGUUGCAUAACCGGGGUUUUGGCAGAUGACGUCGCCACGACCCUUAUACUGCAUCAGUAUGGGGCACUUAGCGUUUGGGAUUACACCACUGCAGCUCCGUACGUGCAAAUCGACAUGAACCCUCAUCUACCCGGUGUCGGAGAAACGGCCGUUCUCAAAGACGCCGUCAUUUUCGCCGGGCACAAAUUCAUCGGAGGUGUUCAAUCACCCGGUGUACUAGUGACUAAACGGUCCCUGUUGAAAGAAAAAAUCGGUACAGAAGACAUGAGGGACUCUCAUCAUUAUCAUAGAGAUCCUGAACUUCGAGAGGAAAGCGGAACCGCUGGUAUCGUCGAAAGCAUCAGAUGCGGGCUCGCGAUGCAAUUAAAGGAAAACGUCACACCGCGGGCUAUCGUCGCUCGUCAAGAUAAGAUUUCCAGGCAAGUGCUGGCUCACGUACGAACGAUUCCGGAACUGAUUCUGCUCGGCAGCGGCUCGCAGAAUGUUAAAAGGUUGCCGAUCUUUUCGUUCAUGGUGCGUCAUCCGCGAGGCACGUUUCUUCACCACAACUUCGUGUGCGCGGUGUUGAACGACGUCUUUGGUAUACAAGCACGAGGCGGUUGCGCGUGCGCGGGUCGUUACGCUCAUGACCUGAUGGGAAUCGACCAGGAACUCGCCAAGGAAUACCAGAAAGCUCUCAUAGAGGGCGAGAGAAACAACGAGAACGAGGUGACGAACGCGGAAGGUUUGAGGCCAGGAUUCGCGAAACUUUCGUUUCCGUAUUUCAUGACGGAGGCUGAAGUAGCCUUCGUGUUGGAGGCGUUGAAAAUGGUCGCCACCGAGGGUUGGAAGCUGUUGCCCCAGUACGUGCUGAAUCCGGACACCGGUGAAUGGAGGCAUCACACGAACAGCGUGUUCAAAGAGCGAAAAUGGCUCAGCUCGAUCAGAUACACCGACGGGAAGAUGAACGCUUCCGAGAGGAGGGUGUCCGGCUCGGGUGUUCUUCCGCAGAACUACGCCGAUUGUUUGCAAACAGCGAGGAACAUCUUCAACCGUGCGAGGAAAAUGGCUCAGAGGUAUCCUCUGCAGAUAGAUCGCGGCUACAGCUACGUGCCCGAACGAUUGGAGUGUCUGCGAUGGUUCAUGUUGCCCAGCGAGGCGCAGGACCUUCUGCUGGGCAACUCGCAGAACGUGAAGCAAGACGUGCCUUUCAAUCCGAUGGUAUCGUGGAACAAGCACGGCUACCACACGCCGACCAGCACACACGACAGCCUAGUGAACUCGUUGGCUCUUGCAAAUAGCAUUCGUCGACUGAACAGCGACAUUCCGCGGACGGGAAACGCGCCGAUCUCGUCCAACUCGCCCAGGCACCGUAGUCUUCCCGUGUUGAGCAACGUCAGAAGAACGUUGUUGAACGCGGCCGAGUUCCAAUCUUCAUCGUCGAGUCCUGGCAGCGGUACCGAGGAGGAACAACCGAGCAACGUCGAUAGGAACAACGACUCGACCGGCCAAAGAUCACCAGCCACUUGUCCGAGUUCCCCAAUGCCGGUCAGAUUCGCCGUUGGCGAGGCGGUCACACCUUCCGUGCUUGGCGCGAUAUCUCACCCAGGCAACAGGCCAAUUAAAGAGCAGAGAGAUCUCAUUGAUGCUGCCAAUUCCGGCCGUGCCAGAUGCAACUCCCUCGGGAGUACCGGUGGCGGUGGUAAUGGUUCGGGAAAUCGAACCGUGGCAUCCUCAUCGUCCUCGCCCAUACCUCCGCUCCCAUUGAGUCCUCAAACCUUGACCAGCUUAGGACUGAGCGGAAACAACGGGAACUCUUCGAAACAGAGACGACACCAUUGCAGUUGCAGCAGCCAGACGGAGUUGAACUCUCUGGAGCUGGAUAAUGGUAGCCCCAGUCAUUCGAUCUUAUCUCUCAACGGUCACACCGCAGCUUCGCCCCCAUCUUCGUUCUCCUCGGUUAGCGACUAUACGGAGAAGUUCGUAGGUGGGGGUAGAUCGUCACCCAUCUCCGGGAACGGCGGGCCCAGAUCGGAGGACGAUCUGAGCGCUUACGUGAAGGAGGUGACGAAGGAAUUAGCGACGGAGAUCAAGUCUGAGAUACGCGAGGUGAUCUCGAAGGUGGACGACGCGUUGUCGGAGUCGAACACUUCCGAGAACACGCCGCAACAUCACUCGCGCAAUCAUAGCUCCAUCAGUCAGUUGUCAGUGGAGGACAAGCAGCUCAGACACGACUCGUUCACCGCCAGCGACAUCGCCGAGUACUUGAUGGAAUUUUCCAAAGAGAUGGCCAGCGAAGUCAAGUCUGAGAUCAGGUGUAUGGUGAACGCCGUCGACGGACUGCACAGACAUUCUCCGGAUGCUUCGGCUUCUGACGUGUCUUCAAAUGGCUGUGGCUCUCCGGACAGAGGGAGGAUCCUUCCGUCUUUGACGUCGCCUAGAAUGUCGAGUGCCAGACGAAGCGGACCGAUCGAGAUCUCCGGGAAGGUCGGCGAGCUGACGCAGCAGGAGAGCAAGAUGUCCAGCGAGUGUUCUUCAGACGAAACGGUGAUCUACGUAAUGAAACCGCCGGAGAACGAGCAGAUGGUUCGCAACCAAUCGAAAACCGACGACGAAGAGGUGGUGCCCGACCUGGACGACGACCUGAACGACGACGACACUCACGAACGCGGGGGUUUGGAGAUCGGCGAUGCGCAAAAGGUUCUUCCUAAGAUCUAUUCCGCGGUAAACUCGGUCAGUUCUCAAGACAGCGGGAUUAAUCUAUCCUUCCACGAAAGCGACAAGUCCUUGGACUCGGUGGACUUGAAGCGAAGCAGCAGCGCCGAGUCCAAUUCCACCAACAGCUACGGUCGCAAGCCGAGAGCAGCCUCGAUGACCUCUCUGUCCAACAAGUCGGGCUGCAAGCAACAGGUUCGACAGAACGACGACUUCUCAGAGGACGAGGAGUGCUCUGGCGACCUGAAGGAAGAGGAAGACGGCGAGCAAGCGGCCGCGUUCGAAGCUAAAGACGGGAAACCGGAAGGGAUCCGACCUCAGUGGCACUGUCCGCCCAAGAGCAUUUGGAAACCGGCUGUGGAGGCUAUGCAGGAGUUCGAGAUGAUUCGUGACAACGACAGAGUGUUGGUUUGUCUGUCGCCUAAAGGGAAAGGUUCCUUGUCCUUGUUGCACGCGCUGCAUCAGUACAGAUUUUACGUCAGAUCGAAGGGUAUAGACUUUGAGAUCGGAGCUGCUACCGUCGACGCGAACAGAUUCGAUCCGCUCAAGCUGAUGAGCUACCUGAAGGCUCUGGACGUACCUUACUUCUACGAGGAACAAAGCGUCGAAGAAAAGUGCAACAACGGGGAUAAUCAACCGGAAGAAGCGUUGGACGCGAGCGGAGCGUGCAGCUUCUGCGAUCGCACCAUCAGGGCGCAAUUGUACUCGAUCGCCAAGCGACACAAUUACAACGUACUGGCUCUGGGCCAGCAUUUAGACGACCUCACCGAGGGUUUCCUCGUCUCGGUGUUCCACGGUGGCAAACUGAAAACCAUGAAGGCUCACUACUACAUACGCCGACAAGAUCUCAGGGUCAUCCGACCGCUCGUAUACGUUAGGGAAAAAGCAUUGAGGCAAUUUACCGAGACCAAGAAGCUGUUGGCUGCGCGGGAAACCGGGUCAAGUGACCUUCCCGAGAAGCAACGACAAAGCAAGGAUUUGAUUCUUCAACAAGAACGCACGUAUCCGCGAUUCUACUCGUCCCUGAGAACAGCCCUGCGACCUUUGAUCGACGCUUACGGACCACACGAUUUUGACGUCACUUCCAGCGGCGGGAACGAUUCGAGCGGAUCCAGCGGAUCCAGCGGAUGCAGCGUGAACAUCGGCGGAAAUAGUGCGACCGCGUCGAGUAAUCAUCAGAAAAGACAACGAAGAGUGAAGACGAAUUCGACGGUUCAAAGCAAGCCGCAAGAGCACGAGGACAACGAAGAGACCGACGAAGAGCCUGUCCUUUGAGGGAGAACCGUCGCGAGAUGGGAUUUCAAACGUGCUUCGAUCUCAUCCUCGCAUCGCCGUCGAAAAUUACCAUUGUCCGCGUUCUCUGGAGUGAGAAGAAGGCGUCUCCGAUUCGCCAGUGCCGUCACCAACGCGAACGUUCAGGAUCCAGACGGGGAUUGCUAGAAGAUCGAUGCUCCGCCAUCGAUCCCGAGGUUACAGGAUUGCGAUCAACGAGAUCGACCAGUUCGAGGAAACGAACGUGCACGCGUCUGGUUGACUUUCAACCGAUCGAAUCGCAAGUGAUAUCGCGAUGCGAUUCCUUUGUCGGAACUACUCUUCUGCCAGUAGCGUAUUUUUGACCGUCCUACACGGUCCACGUGCUUCAUGUACAGAGGAUGUUCACGGAACUCGUCGCGUCCGUCGAGGCUCUCUUUCAUGGAUUUUUUCAGAUCUAGCGAGGCUUCUUCGCGAAUGGUUUGCGAUUCUUCCUAGGAACGUUUUGGUGUCGAUUAGAAAAACGGGUUCGUAACAGAUACGAACGGAUGACGAGUACCUCGACGUACGAUUGUCUUCGUAUCUUAACGAUAUAAUGCUUCACGAGCUACUUAAAAAGAAAAAGAAACGUUUGUGCGCGGUUUAAAUGUUACUUACCUAAGGACACUUAGCGUUAAAUAACACGAUGAGACUUCGGUUGUAUUUUUCCGAGUUCAAGAGCGUCCAAUAGCGAAGGAACGUUCGAAAAUUAACGAUCAUGAAGCAGCUGGUUCGGAAGACGCGUUUGUUGGUGUACAUCGAUCGGUGAACGGGUUAAAACGUGGAGAAAAGUGAACGCACGAUUCGUCAACCGAAUUGGACUCUGAAACAAGUGGAACGAUUUGUACGGGUGAUCGAUUGGGCAAUGGAAAGAUCGAGGAGAGUGAAUGGAGAAGCGCCAAAAAAAGACCUCGUCCGGUCAACGAACCGCAACGCGGUUACGCGCACGAGGGACACCUGAUUUUUUAUAUAAUUGCGAUUUGAUAAAUUUCGUGAUCGCGUCUCGCCCCGUUGACGAUCAGGGUUAGUCGUUUAAGAUACCAAAUUUUUGUAAAUCGUACCCGCUAGAUUUCAUCUGCGGUUUGGACAGAUCUCUUUUUUCGAGCAUUCUUUGACGAUCGAACGUGCGAUUUCGACGUCUUUCAACGGAGGUAAAGAGUUUCGUUCUCGUUCCGAGUCUAUAGGACGUUCAUUUUUUUUUUGCGGUCAAGAAAAAAUGUCGCCCUUGACGAUUCGCGGACGCGUCUUAAUAAAAAAUAAAAUGAAAAAGCCGCUUCGAGGAGAGUGAUAGCGCAGGAGACCAAUCGACGAUGCCAUCAUCCAUCGAUUCGAUUCGUACCUUUUCCGCGAGCGUUCCAUUUGCACGAAUUCUAUAAACUGAUACAUGAUCGAGAUUUCAAUGAUCUCGACAUAUUAUCAACUGCAUGUAUGUACUUCGAUAGCACGCACAGAUAAAAAAAAAAAAAACUAAUUUGACCAGAUGGUCAUCGUCUUAAUCGUAAAUACGUGUACAUAAAGUAAUUGCUUCUCCGACGAGUUAACCGAAGGAAUACGGUGUGUAUCGUUAAACGAAAGCUUUUUCCUCUUAACUGGUAAUAAUACAACGCAUCUUAUACAUAUAUAUAUAUAUAUCAUUGUGUGUCGUCUUGCUCGAGAUCAUUGGCGGAUCAUAUUUUUCGACUAUUGUAUAGCCUCUUUCUCGUCGAUGAACGUCGAGCGAGUGAGCGAGCGGAUUUCACGCGACAUUUCUUUCGACGAUUCUACACUUUUCUGUCCGACGAUGAGGAAACACGCGUCCGCUCCUCGUCGAACUGCGAACGGACUGGGAUUACGCGCGCGAUUUCAUAUUCCAGGUAACGAGAUUUUGAAAAACCAGUUAAUGAUCAAAGCUGGAUGGCGUAGAAAAACUUAAUAAAGAAAAACGAACAUUGUAAGACAACCCCGGUCGUUCGCGAUCGAACGUUCGCGUCCGUGUGACAGUCGAUAGAUACUUCGGCUCGAUACUUAAAUGUCUUACGUUUUCAAUUUGUUGUUUCUUUUCGGAUUUUUCUCUUUUUUUUUUAUGUUGGACAAGUUGUACGCUCGCUAUCAUUAGAAUUAUAAACAGAAGGACCCUAAAGCGGUAUUUACGUUAGACAGUUUUUGAUCAGUUGACUGAAGUCUGAAUUUAUUCUAUUAGGGGUAAGAUUCACGCUACGUCUUCGUUGUUUGAUAUUUUUAUUGUUUAAGAUUGUUAAUGUGCUGUGUUAAGAGAUUUUUAUAUAUAAUUGCAAUUAAUUUGUUAAGAGAGUCGGUAAAAAUAAUUUUUUGAAGAGAGUGGGCGUUGACGAUGAGACAUGUAAAAAUACUUUUUACACGAGUGAUUUUUGUUGACUGACCAAACGUUUCUUUAAUGUAAACGCCGCUUUAGGUUCUGUACGUAGGCCGCAUGUAAAACACACAUACACAGACAGACAGACACAGACACAGAGACACAUUCGCAGCGUAGAUCAUUCUGUACGCGUUUCUCGUGUUGUACUGAAUUUUUCUAAGACAUCCGUUCGUCGCCGUCUAUGCGUACGAAAGUUUUAGCAACAAUAACAUCAUUAAGAAGAAUAUCAGGAUACAUCACGCGAAACAGAGAAUGGAAGUCUUAAUCUGUAUGGAUUUUCCCGGAUAGAUAUUACCAUAUUUUCCGAGAGUUACGAGAGGACGUUGUUACUGUAAAGAUAUGUAAGUUUAUUUAUCGCUAAUAAAACUGAACGUUUAAGAAAA